UCUGCCAGCCCGGAGCGCCUCUUCUUAGCCAAAGAAACCCCGCAGGUUGCGCGGAAUCCCGAUCCGGAGCAUGGGGACUGGUGACUUUGCGCGGCGCUUGUGUUUGACUCUGGCUCUCCUCCACCUUGACAGGUUGGCCGGCGGCAAUGGGGUCCCAGAUGCUGAUGAAUGUACAGAAGGGACAGAUGACUGCCACAUUGAUGCAAUUUGUCAGAACACACCUAAAUCAUUCAAAUGUAUUUGCAAGCCAGGUUAUAAGGGAGAAGGAAAACAGUGUGAAGACAUUGAUGAAUGUGAAAAUGACUUCUACAAUGGAGGCUGUGUACAUGAAUGCAUCAAUAUUCCUGGGAACUACAGGUGUAUGUGUUAUGAUGGCUUCAUGUUGGCUGAAGAUGGACACAAUUGUCUUGAUGUUGAUGAAUGUUUGGAUAACAAUGGUGGCUGCCAACAGAUUUGUGUCAAUACUAUGGGAAGCUAUGAAUGCCAAUGUAAAGAAGGGUUUUUCCUAAGCGAUAAUCAACACACCUGUAUCCAUCGCUCUAAUGAGGGUAUGAACUGCAUGAACAAAGAGCAUGGGUGUGAACAUAUCUGCCGGGAGACACCCAAAGGUGGGGUUGCCUGUGAAUGUAGGCCUGGCUUUGAACUUGCCAAAAACCAGAAGGAUUGCAAAUUAACCUGUAACUAUGGAAAUGGAGGUUGCCAACACACGUGUGAUGACACAGAUAGUGGUCCUGUAUGCGGUUGUCAUCAGAAAUAUGCAUUGCAUUCAGAUGGCCGAACGUGCAUUGAGAAGGAUGAGGCUGCAAUUGAGAGCUCUGAGUUCAAUGCCACGUCAGUAGCUGAUGUGGACAAGCGGGUGAAACGGCGGCUACUUAUGGAAACAUGUGCUGUUAAUAAUGGAGGCUGUGACCGGACUUGCAAGGACACAGCCACAGGAGUACGCUGCAGUUGCCCAGUUGGAUUUACCUUGCAGCCGGAUGGGAAAACAUGCAAAGAUAUAGAUGAAUGUCUGGUGAACAAUGGUGGCUGUGACCACUUCUGCAGAAACACAGUGGGAAGCUUUGAAUGCAGCUGCCAAAAGGGCUACAAAUUACUAACGGAUGAACGAACCUGCCAAGAUAUAGACGAAUGUUCAUUUGAAAGGACCUGUGAUCACACCUGUAUCAACUAUCCUGGAAGUUUUGAAUGCUUAUGUCACAACGGUUAUACAUUAUAUGGAAUGACACAUUGUGGAGAUGUGGAUGAAUGUAGCAUCAACAAUGGAAGCUGUGAAUAUGGAUGCCUUAAUACUGUGGGAGCUUAUGAAUGUUUAUGUCCAUCUGGAAAAAAAUUACACUGGAAUAAAAAAGAUUGUGUUGAGAUGGUGAAAUGUUUGCCCGGUGCCAAUCCAGUUCCCAAGGCUCAGUUGCUCUGUAGCAAAUCAGGAGGAAUUGAGAACUGUUUCUUAUUCUGUCCAUCCAACACCCUUUUCGUUCCAGAUUCAGAAAAUAGUUAUUCAGUAAGCUGUGGAGUGCCAGUACAACAGGGCAAGACACAACAAAAACGCAACAGUACACUACCAGGUUGUAUGGACAUCUUAAUGCCACCCAUCAAACAGAAGGCUCGUUUUAAAAUUAAAGAUGCCAAGUGUCAUUUAAGGCCUCGCAACAAAGAGAAGAUUAAGGAGGCUGGAAAGCAGCAAGUUCUUCUAGGAGGUCAGUUCCCCUGUGCAGACAAUUGCCACAUAACUUUUGUAAACCUAAAAUGUGAUUCCUCUAAGAAAAAACGCCGUGGGCGAAAAUCUCCAUCAAAAGAAGUAUCCCAUAUCACGGCUGAGUUUGAAAUGGAGAUGAAGUCUGAAGAAGUCUCAGACACUUGCAAUAUUGACUGUUUGAGGAAAAGGAUGGAACAGAAACUACAACUAGCUAUCAAAACCUUGAGAAAAUCUAUUAACAAGCAGCAAUUUUACAUUCAGUUUUCUGGGACAGAGUAUGAAGUAGCUCAGAAGGCAGCGAAAAUUGUCAGCGAAGGACAUUCCUGCAGUACUGGGCAAGUGCAGCAAGAUGGCAAAUGUGUUACCUGCAGCGUUGGCACCUAUUAUAGUGGAGAACAUAAUCAGUGCAUUCCUUGCUCACCAGGAACAUAUCAAGACACAGAAGGUCAACUCUCCUGUGAACCUUGUCCAGGAAAUGAUGGGCAAGGCAUUGCAGGUGCACGAAGUGUGUUAGAAUGUGGAGGCCAGUGUUCUCCUGGGCAGUUUUCUUUUGAUGGUUUUAAACCUUGCAGACUGUGUCCCCUUGGCACUUAUCAGUCUGAACCAGGAAGGACACUCUGUUUCCCCUGUGGUGGAGGACUGGGGACAAAAUAUGAGGGCGCAGUUUCAUUUCAAGACUGUGAAACUAAAGUUCAUUGUUCUCCUGGCCAUUACUACAACUCUACAACCCACAGAUGUAUCAGAUGUCCUGUAGGAACCUACCAACCUGAAUUUGGCCAGAAUUAUUGCAUCACUUGCCCUGGAAAUACAAGCACAGAUUUUGAUGGUUCCACUAACGUUACACACUGUAAAAAUCAACAGUGUGGUGGAGAACUUGGAGACUAUACGGGAUACAUUGAAUCCCCCAACUAUCCAGGAGAUUACCCAGCCAAUGUUGAAUGCACUUGGAAUAUAAGCCCGCCCCCAAAGAGACGGAUCCUGAUUGUAGUCCCAGAGAUCUUUCUCCCAAUUGAAGAUGAGUGUGGUGAUGUUUUAGUAAUGAGGAAAAGUGCUUCACCUACAUCAAUUACUACCUAUGAAACCUGCCAAACCUAUGAGAGGCCCAUAGCAUUCACCUCCCGGUCACGGAAGUUAUGGAUUCAGUUCAAAUCAAAUGAAGGCAACAGUGACAAAGGAUUUCAAGUCCCCUAUGUAACAUACGAUGAGGACUAUCAGCAGUUAAUAGAAGACAUUGUUCGUGAUGGACGUUUAUAUGCUUCAGAAAACCACCAAGAAAUUUUAAAAGACAAGAAAUUGAUUAAAGCCCUUUUUGAUGUAUUGGCACAUCCUCAAAACUAUUUCAAGUACACAGCACAAGAAUCAAAGGAGAUGUUUCCAAGAUCAUUUAUAAAGCUAUUGCGGUCAAAAGUUUCCAGAUUUCUACGACCAUACAAGUAGCUUCUAGUGCUUUUCAGGGGUUUUGUUUUGUUUUUGGUUCUUUUGCAUUCCUGUCAAAUAUUGUAUUGGGUUUGACUGUAGAAACAUUUUUGCUGAUUUUAAGAUUUCUUGCCCAUCUUUAUCUUAAAUUGUAUAUUGAAGAAUAACUAUAAUGUUUUAUAAUCUCCAAUAUUUGAUGGGAUUUUUUUUUUCACUUCAAAGAAAAGUAACUUGGAAUUCCAGAGUACAUCCAAUUGAUGAUCCAUAUUUUGGCUACACAACUUUAUUUUCAGUUUGUCAUAGAGAAGCGUUUGUUUUAGAAAAGGAACCUUGUUUAUCUUCCACAUAAAGAAGACACUUGUUCAUCUUGUUGAAGAAACUACCUGCAAAGAAGAAUUAUUGAUAGAAAAAGUAUGUAGUAUAAAUAAUACUUGGAUUUUGAAUUGCACUUGAACUUUAUAUGUGAAAUUAGGAGAAGGGGAAUCUAAACUUCAUUGUUUCCUAUUGGUGGUUUUAUGGAGACUUUUUUUUAUAAACCAAAAAGAAGGUGAGGGUAAAAAUAGUUGUCUUAAUUUUUGUUUAAUCCUACAAUCCAUAGAUUUCUUGUCCCUGAUGUAAAAAAUUUAAAACUGUUCUGAAAAUGGAAUGCAAUGAUGGAAUUAGACACAGAAUUGGUUUCUCUGCUAAAUUUUAUACCAAGAAGGAAGAGUCUUAAGGGGGGAACUAGUAGCUAGUUUUCUUGCUCUUGAUGGAAUAUCUAAAUAUGUACAAAAUCUAACAGACAACAGAAAUAUCAUUCAUAUAAUGUGUCUCACAGGAAUAAAUCACAGCUCAGAUCCUGCUGAUGCUUGCUACUAGGUGUGAUGAAGUGGGGACAGAGAUUCAUGUGCAGUGCGUUUUUAUCAUCGUCCACAUUCUAGGCUAUCUGUUGGCUUCCAAGGACCAAUCAAUCUGUCUCUCUCUCUCACUUACCCACUCACCUCAUCUAAAGCUUGAGAGACUGGCUGCAAAAUACUAGAUUUUUUAGACCUUGGGAAAGAUAAAUUAUUUUGUCCCUUCAUGUGUGCAUUCAUUGGUUGAUGGUAAUAAUCCUUGCUCAAUUUGAUCUGAUCAUCAUAAUUGCUUUAUUAUGAAUCCCAUUGAGUUUUGGAGGAGAAAUACAUUACUGUAAUCUACUUCUUGGCAUCAGAACUGACUUCAAUAUCUGCUGUUGUUGGCAUGGAAAACUCCAAGAGUGAGCAGGGAGUUAAUAAAUAUAUCCAUGAAGUUACUUUAAGAAGGUGAGCACAUUCGAGAAAAACUUUAACCUCUGUAAAUUAUUUGUUCCCAAAAACCUCUCCAGGCUUUUUGCAACAUUGAUCAAAUACAACAUUUUAUUUCUCAUCCUCUGCAAGUCAUCCCCUUCAAGAACUUCCAACUUUAUUUUCUCAAGACUCCUGGGUAGUAGGUUAAGUUGAUAGUGAACAUGCCCAGCUUAAUAAUAUAGCAAAUGUGGCAGAAUAGCUAAAUAGCACUCUAAUGCCAACUAAAAAUCAAAUGCAAAUGCUGUAUGGAGAAAACUAGUGCUCAAGUGUGAUAAAGAAAGAAACAAUUGUUAUUCCAAUUUGAGUUACUUCAAAUGACAUAUACUUGUUUUCAAAGUAAAUUGCACAUCUGUACAUCUUUUUAAUUUCAUGUAAACCUAAGUGAGUUCUGAGGAUAAGAAUACUAAUGACCGAUAGAAAUACAUCUCUGCAAAUGGUGCCCCUAAGAAUGCUUUACAAACCCUUCUUCCACCAAUGGAGAAGAGUGAAAUUACUGAAAUAGUGAAAUUACUGCCUAAUUCUACUUUCCUCUUUUUCAUCUGCCUCUGGUGCUAGUUAUGGAUGAGUAACAAUAGCUAUCAGCUUUCAGGGAUGUGCUUGAACAAAUGUUCUUAUGGCAGAAUUAGAAUCCUUGCUAGCUGUUUCCAUCUGGCAAGGCAGAGGAUGCCAGAGCCGAAGGGAAAUGCCCCUCGAAUUAAUGGUGCCACUUCCCAAGUAGGGAAUCAGCUGCAAAAAAAUGGUAUUCUUGGAAUUACAUAUGCAAGGACAAAUGGAUUUGAGACAUCUGGUAAAGAUACAUUCUACAGUCUCAAGAAAAUCUAGGGCCAAGUUCCUGCAUUCUACAUUUCAAACAACAGCAAGAAGCAGCUGAGAAUAAAGGAAGCAGUAUAAUUUACUGAACAUACCUGUACAAGAUAGUUUCUCUGGUGUGUUUUCCAUUCUAUUUACAGUGCAAAGAAAAAUGCAACUUGGUGUGCCAUCCUGAAUCUCAGACAAGCACGUGAGAUCCAGAACCUUCAGAAUAGAAGUUCAUUAAAAGCAGAAAAAAUAUUAAUACUAGAUCAGUGGUUCUCAACCUUUUUAAUGCUGCGACCCCCAACCGGUCGUAAGUUGGAGACUACUCAACUGGUCAUAAGUCGAGGACUACUCAACU